AUGGCGCCCCAGAAGAAUGUCCACACGAUCGACCGAACCGACGAGUACAACGAAUUCAUCGAGAAGCUCCGAGCUUUUCACGAGGCACGAGGCACCCAUUUUGACGCUGAGCCCAAGGUUGGCACUACUCAUGUGGAUCUCCUGAAGACCUUUAAUCAUAUCGUUGAGAAUGGCGGAUAUGACAAGGUCACCGACGAGAAGCUGGCUUGGCGGAAGAUGGCCGCCGGAUUAGGUCUCUUUUCUAAUAACGAGGCCUCAACUGCCUUUCAGCUCAAGCAGAUGUUCUACAAAUACUUGGCUGCCGACUGCAAGCUGCAGGCUACAAUGGCCAAAUGCUCGCCCGCCAGCCUCCACCCCCUGGGCCCAAAUAUCUAUGUCCGCUGCCUGGCUGCCCUCCGCUCCAAUAUCCUUGCCGAGGAGGGGUUCGCACUCAACCAUCUUGUUAAGAUCAGCUAUGAGCGAGGAGACAAGUACAAAUUUGACUCGUUUCCGGGUCUCGCCGAGGGACUCGUGGAAAAAGCGCUUCAAGUCUCCGAGCUGUUUUACAAAAACCUUCGCUGGACGAUUGUGUACGAUGAGGAGUGGGCAGACGGCCGAGGCUACGAAGAGCUGGAUGGUGUCAACGGCACCUGGGACAUUCUCGAGCGCUUAGAAUAUUUCCAAGACCAAGCGCGUGAUAUUCAAGAUAACGUUGUGCCAGCCGCCUUCGCUGAUCAGAUGCUUCUCAUUACUGAGGCCAUUUUGACCAUUCGAAAUAUGGUCCAGUUACCCGAGAACGCGGCUUUCAUGGCAGACUUUCCUCCGUUGAAAGAUUUGCUCUGCAUCAUCCUUCACUUGCCAUCUAGCGAAACCACCGUGGAGAUUAAGCAUUUUGCUCUCGACAUCGCUGAGCAACUGACACCAUCCUUGAUCCUAGAUGCCGACGACCCUCUGUACCGGACCUUGAUCGCUCAGCUGGACUCGACAGACCGCGGUAUCAUCCUAACUUCUCUCCGGGCUAUUGGUAGAAUCAGUAUGAACCUGACGGAGGCGAAUAAGCUUGGAAAUGUGCCGCCGAACAAUCUUCAGAACAUCACGACCUGGCUCCUUCUUAACGAUGAUGACCUGAUGGAUGCAUGUCUCGACUUUCUCUAUCAAUAUACGGCCGUCGUUCCUAAUGUCGAGACUCUUCUCAAAGCCAUCAAAGCUGAGGACCUUGUCGCCCAUCUGGUUCGCUUACUGUCCCAUGGGGCGAAAAAGGUUCAUAAAGAGCAGAUUCUUGUGCCUGAGAGAAGACUGCCUGCUUCCGACGACGUCCUGCCCCUUCCACAAGACCUUCAAGAGCGUCUGCUGUCUUUGGAAGAGCCCGAGAGGUGCUACACGUGGUUGAAGUGUCUCUUUGAGGAAGAACCUGAUGCGGCGAUCACACAAAUAGCAAUUUGGUCUGCCUAUCAGCAAGCUUUCAUGGCACGCCUUCAGCAAAUGGGCCGCUCCAUGAUCUCACCAGCAGAAUUUAUCAGAAAUGUCAACAUGGUGUGGACACAUGCUGGCGCGCAGAUCAUCAGGGACGGCGAGGUUCAAAAGUUCAUCAUCAAGGGCAUAAGAGCUCGAACAAGACCCGUCGAUCCGGAGGGUGUGGAGUAUUGGCGAUGUCUGUGGUCGCUCCCGAACCGCCCGUACAGUCAAAAAUGCAACUUGUACUUCAACGAUACGGAGAAAGCCUUCAAUCAUAUCUUGGAGGUGCACCUCGGGCAGAAACGUGGCGAGGACAAGCGAUAUCCCAACACAGAGACUGAGUACCAGUGUCGCUGGGCUGGCUGUAAGAAGUAUGCCACACCGACUAAGAUGCAUCUGAUGCAACUCAUGCAGCACGUCAAAACCCAUCUCGAGGCUGUUAACGGCAAGAUCAACCCUAGGUCUGAGGCUAAGGGAGAGGGCCAGACGAACGCUCUGCUGGACAGCAUCAACGGUGGUAGCGGUAAGCCAAAGAAGAGGGCUCACAUCGUGCCCGCCAGGACCAUCAGCAUCGUGUAUGAGGAGACACAGACUACUCGAGACGAGCGCAAUCCAAACGCUCCCCCACAGGCUGCGGGAACUCCUCUAAGUGCGGUAUUGGUCCUCCGCAACAUUGCGAGAAACGUCGUUAAGACCGAGUCAGAGGAGCAGCUGCUGAAGGAGCACGAAAUGGGCGGCGAGGGAGGCGGUUGGAAUGAGCGAUUGUUCCGCCCUCUGCUACCGCGCCUCUACGAGAUAAUGGUGGAGAAUAAGGCGUUAUCCGGCUACAUCACGUCACUUAUCCAAUUGAUUGAUGACUGA